AAAUAAGAAUGAAUUUAAGAUUACCCAUUGAAUUGGACUGUUAUGUUUUCGUGUAUUCUUUAUGUAUAAAAUAUGUAUGAAUUGGACUGUUAUUUUUACAUUUUGGAGCAAACAUAUCCAAGAUCCGUUUUGAAAAUUAAAAGGAAAGAAGGUGAUACAUUUUUAUACGCAUUUGUUCCGUUGGAAGCUUGUAUUAGAGGUUGGGAAUAUUGUCGGCCAAUUGUAGUUGUUGAUGGUGCGGGAUUAAAAUGUUCAUAUGGUGGUACAAUGUUAACUGCCAGCACAAUGGAUCCGGGAGGUCAUAUACUUCCGUUGGCGUAUGCGAUAGUAGAUUUCGAAAACGAUGCUUCAUGGACUUGGUUCUUUAAGCAGUUUAAGGAAGCAUAUGGAGUUAGACAAAACACGUGUUUUAUGUCGGAUCGAAAUGAAAGCAUAUGGAAAGGGACUGCAAAUGUAUAUCCUGAAUCAGAACAUUAUGCAUGCAUAUGGCAUCUGUCAGUCAAUGUGUUGAAGAAUUUCAAUAGAAAUACUGAAGAUUUUGUUCUUUACAUUGGCAAAAGCUUAUAUAAAACAAUAGUUUGAGACAAUUAUGGAAAGAAUAGAUUAGAUAGAUACGCGCAUACGACAAUACUUGUUUGAUAUUGGUUAUAGCAAAUGGUCAAGAGCUUACUCGAAUUGUAAGCGCACAUGGACCAUGACUUCAAACAUCGCGGAGUCAUUGAAUAAUGUUAACAGGUUAGCAAGGAGGUUACCGGUGAUUUCACUUCUUGAGUUUAUGAGGGUAACAAUUCAGAGGUGGAUUCACAAGCAUAAUGAGGAGGCUGAUAAGACAACAU